UUUAUUCAUUCACAGAUUCAGAGGGGAAAAAAAAAAACAGAUGGCCGGAAAAGGUAACCCUCACCAUAAACAACCACGUGAGAAGGAGGUUGUUGUUGUUGUUGCAUCAUCUGCAUCAUCUCACAACCACCGCAAAUCCCAAAAAACCACCUCUAAUCAAACCGCCGCCACCACCACCACCACCCCGCAACACCAGAAACCCUCACCUUCAAACCCACCAUCUCAAUCCAAUAACCCCAAACCCUCUCCUUCUUCCAAACCCCUUAAACCAUCCCCCCAAAUUCCAAACCCUAACCCUAAUCCCAAUUCACUCCCUGAAAACUUCCCUCCACCACCCACUUAUGGUUUCCACAUGCUUGAUCGGCGAACAAUCCUUUUGGCAGACGGAACUGCCCGAACCUACCUCGCCUUACCACCCGAUUACCAAGAUUUCCCUCCCCGUCCACCUGUCCGUCCUCUCGGGCCUGAAUCGUGGCCCGGGUUAUUGGAUAGACAAUUUAGACAAGACCAUUGGAAUUCAGUAGGACUAGACGGGUCUAGGAAACGGAAAUUUGGUGUUGGGGAUGAGAAUGAAAUGAUGGGUGAUGAGUUUGCUAGACAAAGGCAGCAGCUUUUACAGUAUGGGAAUAUGGGUUUGAGUUUAAAUGCCGCGUCGAAUGUUGCAGGUUCGAGUAGUAGAAAUGAAUUCAUGAUGAUGAGGGGUGGGAAGUAUAAUGAGAUUGAUCAAGGGAAGUUGAAAACCGCUUUUAUGAAUUUUGUUCGGGUUGUUAAUGAGAAUGCGAAUCAGAAAAAGAAAUACUUGGCUGAUGGUAAACAGGGUCCUCUGCAGUGUCUUGCUUGUGGCAGGUCCUCCAAAGAUUUUCCAGAUAUGCAUAGCCUUAUUAUGCACACAUACAACCCAGAGAAAGCAACUUCUGACCAAGUCCCUGAUCAUUUGGGCUUGCACAAAGCAUUGUGCAUUUUAAUGGGCUGGAACUAUUUGAUGCCUCCUGAUAACUCCAGGGCAUAUCAGCGGCUAUCUGCUGAAGAAGCUGACGCUGACCGCGAUGAUCUGAUAAUGUGGCCACCUCACGUGAUAAUACACAACACCGCCACAGGAAAAAGUAGAGAUGGGCGUAUGGAGGGUUUAGGUAAUAAAGCAAUGGACGCGAAGCUUAUAGGUCUUGGAUUCACCACUGGGAAGUCUAAGGCAAUGUACGGAAGAGAAGGCCACCUAGGAGUAACCGCUGUGAAGUUUUCUGGUGACCAAUCUGGUCUGAGAGAUGCAAUGAAACUUGCAGAUUUUUUUCAGAAACAGAAGCAUGGGCGCGGGUCUUGGUCCUCUGUGCAGUCCAUGUGCAGACCAGGGAAGGAUGACGAGAAAGAUCCCAACUUUGUGAAGUUGGAUAAGAAGACUGGAGAGAAAGAGAGAAUCUUGUAUGGUUAUCUAGGAACCGUAUUUGAUCUGGAUACAGUGGAUUUUGACACUAGGAAAAAGGUCACUAUCGAAAGCAGGAGAGAAAAAGGCCAUCCUAUCUGAUGAUCAGUAAGGUUUAGAGAUGUUUGAUUAUGUUUCAUUGGAAUUCGAUAGAAGCUAAGUUGCUUAUACAUCUGCAUUGAACUUUUCGCACCCUUUAAUAGUAACUGAGGACAGAUCUUGUUGGAUGUUGAAUGACUUGAGAUUUGUUUUUCUUGUUGGUGUAUUUUAUAUAUUUCUUUUGGAUUCA